AUGCUGCGGUCGUCGGAAUUUCUUUGUGGUACUCACGAUGAUGAGCUGACGGAAGAAGCAUUUCAAGCUGCUCUCAGUCCACAGUCGGUCAAGUCGAGUUUACGCGACGGUGGAGACCUUGAUCCUGGAGAUGAUGACAUUUUUGAAAAUGCUUCUCAACCUGAACAGUGGCCUCGCUUGCAGGAAAUUCCCACUAUUCUGGUCAAUGGGAGGAGAUUGUCUGGAUCUAGCAAUACUGGCUCCCAUUACGUAACAGCUCCGGAUCAGGUUAGGUGUCGAGAGGGCGACGGUGAAGUACUGGAGGCGACGACGACAUCGGGUCGGAGUGAGCGUCUUUCUAGCGAGGAUCAAAACACACGCACUGAAAGUAGCGGAACGACAGCAUACGUCUCAACAGAGUCUCCUCAGGGAUCAGGAGAUACUAGAAGAGCAUCCAGCUAUCGGUUGAGCACCAACAACGUCGCAGAUGAGGCUGAACCAGCUACGGCUCAGAUGUACUCCUCCAACGCAAGUCUUCAUGCAUCUAAUGCCCACAUUCCUCUCACUGCUUCUCGUCAGAGUGUGCGGUUGAGCACCAACAACGUCGCAGAUGAGGCUGAACCAGCUACGGCUCAGAUGUACUCCUCCAACGCAAGUCUUCGUGCUUCUACUGCUCACAUACCUCUCACUGCUUCUCGUCAGAGUGUGCGGUUGAGCACCAACAACGUCGCAGAUGAGGCUGAACCAGCUACGGCUCAAAUGUACUCCUCCAACGCAAGUCUUCAUGCUUCUGACGCGCACAUUCCUCUCACUGCUUCUCGUCAGAGCGUGCGGCUGAGCACCAACAACGUCGCAGAUGAGGCUGAACCAGCUACGGCUCAAAUGUACUCCUCCAACGCAAGUCUUCAUGCUCUGACGCGCACAUUCCUCUCACUGCUUCUCGUCAGAGUGUGCGGUUGA